GUCGGCGGCCCGCGUGAUAAGUUCUGUCACAGGGAGAAACAGGCUAUUAAAUACCACAGGACAGCAUGCAGACUGAAUAAUGAGUGGAGUUUUGCGAGUUAUCUGAAUGGCAUUUAGUUUGUUACAUUUGCUUACAAUAUCGUUAUUAAAAGGCUUCCACCUAUAGAAUACCAAUAGGUAUGGAAGGUAAUCCUCAGCCUGAUCUGGACCCUAAUAGAGAUGAUCUGCCCUUGCGGGCCAACACCAACCAUAUGCUUGUCCGACACUAUGUGCUUGACCUGGCCGUUCACUUCCAAAGGAAGGUCAUUGGUGGCAGCAUUGUUUUUUUUCUGGAUCCUGUUAAAAGUGAAAGAGGAUCUAUAUCCUCCACACCAGUACAAGAUGUAUCUAAGUCAUCAUCAUCCAAAAAUGAUGCGAAAUCUCCCAUCAUGCCUUGCCCAAAUAAAUUAAUAACCACCAAAUAUCCAUCAGAUUUGAGUGAAGGAACUGACAUCAAUAAUGUCACGUGGGAUGAUGAUAGUGACGAUUUCACCUUGGUGCUGGAUUGCUGUGAUCUAGUGGUGUCCAGAGUGGAAGAGGUGGAUGUGACCACAGUGUCUAAUUUAAAGGACCUUGACAAACAGGGAUUUUAUGCAAAUGCUGAUCAUCCAUCUUACUGUCUGGUACGGAGGCUGGUCUCUAUGCCUUCAGCUAGCUGGAGACGGCAACAAGAUCUAUAUCUCCAGUGCAGUCGUUCCCCUGCUUUCCUACAUGAAAAACCUCUACGCUUCCACAUGGAUCAGUGGAGUCUUCAGAUCAGGAAGGAGGGCGUUUUGUCCCCUCAUGCUUUCCCGUGUGCUCUUCGAAUCUGGUAUGAAACUAAACCCACAGGUGGUUCAGUGAGGUGGACGAAAGACCAGGAUGGGAGAUGCUGUGUAUAUACCAUGGGCUCGCCGAUCAACAACAGAGCCCUCUUCCCAUGCCAAGAACCACCUGUUGCCAUGUCAACAUGGCAGGCACGUGUAAGAGCGCCGUGUGAUUAUACUGUUUUAAUGAGCGGUGAAAAUCAAGCCUUUCCUGAGCCUGCAGAGACGGGUGUUCUACAGUGGGAUUAUUAUGUUACGAUGCCAAUGCCAGCUUCCACCUUUACCAUAGCGGUAGGUCAGUGGCUGGAGGCUGGUGUAAAGGCUUCUAACUCUGAGGUGGUGAAAACAGAAGAACCUGAUGUACCCAGUGUUUCUCUGGACAACUCACAAUCUGGACCUGCAGACCAACAUCUGAGGAGUUAUAUAUCAGAACAAAAAGGUGAUGAACAAUAUGUUUGCUCCCACAUGGAUUAUCCUUGUCGCUUCAUGGUCAGCACUGCUAGGACACAGACAGUAAUUCCUCACCGGGUAUAUGCCCCGGCCCAUCACCUGCAGGGGGCAGAAGACAAGGUUUUACCCCUCCUGCCGCUCUGCCUGACUGCCGCACACCUCAUUUUAGGUGUCCAUCCAUUCUCACGCCUAGAUGUUCUCAUUGUUCCCUCAGGAUUCUCCAGCCUGGGCAUGGCCAGUCCUCAUAUCGUGUUCCUGUCUCAGAGCGUGUUAAAGGGUGAGAGGAACCUCUGCGGGGCAAGACUGUGCCAUGAGAUCGCCCACUCAUGGUUUGGGCUGGCUAUAGGAGCACAGGAUUGGACAGAGGAAUGGAUCAGCGAGGGUUUCGCAACAUAUUUAGAAGAUAUGCUCUGGGCCCAGGUUCAGCAGCUGGGUUGUGAAGAGGCUGAGGAGCAGAAACAGUUGAAGGCCUUGUUACGCUGGAGGAGACUGAGUGAUGAGCUGCAGAACUCUGAAGAAGAGCUGCAGGUCCUCAGGACCAAUAAAGAGAACACAGGGGAGGUGAGCGAGUCUGGUGCGUCAGUCGUGAAACAUGCCCUCAACCCUGGAAAACCCUUCAUGCAAGUUCACUACGUAAAGGUACGAAAGCUCACAUUCCCCACAGAUGUCUGGAGACUUCUGCGUCUGGAGGUUUCUUCUCUCUCUCUUUUUCUUUCUCAGGGCUACUUCCUCUUGAAGUUUCUUGCUGAUCAGGUCGGCGAGGAGAACUUUCUUCUGUUCUUCAAAUCCUUCGUGAGAAAAUUCCACGGCAGGCUCAUUCUCUCGCAGGAUUUCUUGCAGAUGCUUCUGGACACAUUUUCUGCAGUGAGCAGUCGAGGCAUCACACUGGAAACCAUCUUUUCAGACUGGCUUGAUACACCCGAAAUGCCAAAGUGGCUGACGGAUGCCAGCUCAGAAUGGUCGCAGACUCCAGCGGUGGAAGAAGUCAGAGAAGAGGUUGGAAAAUGGAUUCACUUCAGCGGUUCCUGCCGAAAGGGCACCAAGCGGAAAAGAGCAGGGCCCAAGGUUAACUUCAAAGAGUUGAAUCCAGAACAGUUGGUCCUGCUUUUGGAGUUUCUUUUGGAAGAACCAAAGCUGAGCCUUUCCUGCCUAAGGCAUCUCCAUACCGCGUAUGAUCUACAGGCCCGAGAUGCUGAGGUGAGACAUCGCUGGUGUGAACUGGUGGUCAAGCACAAAUACACAGCGGCAUACAGAGACGUUGAGCAGUUUCUGAUCCAUGACCAGGCCAUGGGUGUGUAUUUAUAUGGUGAGCUGAUGGUGCAGGAAGACGCUCGGCAGCAAGCUUUAGCACGAUGCUGCUUAUCCAUCAUUAAAGAUGACAUGGACCAAUCAGCACGCAGCGUUGUGGAGGAAAUGAUCCUCUGAGCCCAGACAAACCAGGUUCGUCUGGUGUCCAGUCACAGGUUCAACUCAGGGAACUGAGAUUCAGUCUCGGGAGCUUAUCCUUCACUACUGAUGUCCAAAGAACUCAAUGAGUUAAAGAAACUAAUGCACCAAAUAAACAAUCCCAAUAAAUCCCUGUUAAGCACAUCAAACAAAGUAAAGGUUUCAUAGAUUUGUAUUGUCAGAUUUUUACAAUAAAACAAAAACAAAUAUGGCAACAAA